AUGGAGACCAACGUGAAAUCAAGCCCCCAUUCGGUGAAGCAGUGGCAGCUCAGCGGCACCGACUAUGACCCGCAGCAAGUCCGGAGCCUGCGGUCCGGAACCCGCUUCAGCACCUGGACUCCUCUGAACAACAGGACGAGCAACCUGCAGUUAUUUGAGGAGAGGAUGAACCUUGUGCACCACUGGUAUGACCUGUGGACUGACAGACAGAGGAAACACCUGUUGCACUCUCUGCUCACACGCUGCACCAAGUCACAGCUUAAGUAUUGCAGGGAUUUGCUAAUCGAGACGGUUCCCGUGACUCAAGUGGACUUCACGGCGGUGCUGCCUCGGUUUCUGUCCCUGUAUGUGAUGUCAUUUCUCUCCCCUCGUGACCUCUGCUCCGCUGCCCAAGUCAGCUGGCACUGGAGGGUCCUUGCUGAGCAGGACUGUCUCUGGGCCGGCCGGUGCAUCACAAGAGGCUGGUUCCUUCCCUACUCUCCAGGAGAGAGAGAAUCUGGAGCGUGGAAGAACCACUAUGUCUCCUGCGUCUCCACGCUGGACUGGCUCACUCCCCGUGAGGCGGCCGAGCAGUACGGGACCCUCAACCUACAAAGCACAGGGAUGACGGAGGAGGAGGAAGAGAGGCGCAAGGAGAGGAGGAUCAGGCAGAUGAUCAGAGACAAACUACAGGAGGAGAAAAGACAAUCUAUGAGAACCAGGAGAGCCUGGGGCAGCUACGCAAAGCCAGAAGGAGCCAGAGGUGGAAGUGCUGAGACAGGGAGGCUCAGCUCUGGAAGAACAUUCAGCUCUUGGCCCUCUAUCUCCUGGCCUCCAAGGACUGUUGGGUCUCCCAGCCUCUGGUCUAGCCUGGACAGGGGACAGCCCAUGACUACAGCUCAGAGCUUGGAGAGAGUCCAAGCUUCCAGUCCUAGCAGUGAAAGACUGAGCAAAGCCAGUGCAGCACUGUCCUCCUUCACCAGCAGACCUGCGCUGCCCCACACAGUUUCACCCAUCCAUCUGACCACUCCUUCCCUCUUACUGCUGAUCUCCAACAGAAUUCCUGCCUACGAGCUUGUGCUGAGUGGCGUGAAAGCAGGAGUGGUUGUGGUUCUGUACGACCACAGAGGGACACUCUCAGCUCUGUUGACCCAGGUGGAGAGGGCCAUUUCUGGGCUGAGAGCUCAGAGACUGGGCCUACUAGCUCCAGGAGGAACGGAGGAAAUCCAUCUGCUUCACAGUAGUAGCCUGUCAGAGAGGACUCUACUGACCUCUAAACAUAGAGAAUUCUGGGAAAAGCUGGGUGGCUGGGUGGCGCCAACUGAGGAAGGAGGGGGGAUUGACAUCUUCACCCCAUUGGCUGCAUCUGCAUCAGGAGUGAGUCUCAUCCAGACUCUCUCUACUCUGACUGGUCUCGAGGUUCGGGCGCCAAUGGGUCUUGCCACCGGAAGUUUCCAGAACAUUCUGAGUGAGUGGUCUGAUGGCAGUGUGGGCACCGGACUCUUGAACCAGCAACCAGCAGCCCCGGCACUGCAGUUUGUGUGUGAGAGUGUACUCCAGGGCUGGUGCAGACAGGCUCAGUGGAUGGACGAGGCUCUGGAGGAGCUGAGGGGCUGCCUGGGGACACAGCUCCAGCGGCUCAGCCUCCAGGCCAGGGGCCGAGCUUUGGGUCACUUUCUGUGCGAGAAAAUCUGCCUUGAGGAUCUUUGUAUGUUCGAAGAUCUGAAUGAGGCUCUGACUGAGGGACUUGCUGCUCUCACAAGACAGGAAGAGGUGGAGAGUACUACCAGACCCCUGGAGUUUCUUGCCAUUUUCCUGACAAAAUGGAAGAAGGAGGGAGAAGAGUGUAGCGGAGGGGGAAAGUGGAGAAACGAAGGAGCAGAUGAUUUCUCCUCAACACCACAUACCUCACAGAAAUGCGUCGGCCUGAUACAUGAGCUACCACAGACAGCGUUGGAUUGGAGAGGUGCAGCUGCCCGAGAGCUCCACCACAGCGAGUGUCUCUAUCUGGGGAGACUGGGCGCUGUGCUGAAGGUGUACCAAGAGCCUCUUACAGCAGCUCUUAAUUCCAACAGAGCGAUCCUCAGCUACGCUGACAUCCAAAUUGUCCUCAGCCCUGUCACACAAAUACUGGAGCUCAACAGGGUGUUUCAGAUAGACUUAGAAGCCAGACUGCAGCAGUGGGGUGCAGAGCAGUGUGUUGGAGAUGUGUUUGUAAAACUGUGCUCAAAACUCAGAGUCUACACCAACUACCUCAACAACUACACCACUGCCCUCCGUACCAUCGACAAGUGCAGAGAGACGAAGCCUCCAUUUAGGGCUUUCCUGAAGAGAGCAGACAGAACUCUUGCAACUCACAUGCUGAGCCUGCAGGAGCUGCUGCUGUGUCCAGUGUGGAGAAUACAGGAGUACGUGACUCUGCUUCAAGCUCUGUCUUUCCACACACACACCGGUCACCCGGACCACACACACCUGUCCUCUGCCCUCAACACACUGCUGAGAUUCAGAGAAUUCAUACAAAAGUUAAAGCGAAACUCAGAGAGAGACAGGCUGAUGGAGGAAACGCAGCAGAUGAUCCAAGGCUGUCCGAACCUCCGUGAAGGGAACAGGCAGCUGAUAAUAACUCAGGAUGCUGCUUUGCUCAGGAGCCCUGAUGAACAGAUUCCAGACUCGCUCAGGACCUAUGAGCAGGUGUCUGACGUGGGCCUGUUCCUGUUUAACGACGCUUUGGUGCUGACGCGGCGAAAUGUACAUCACACGCCGUUCACGUUGGCUCACCAGAGCACACACACUUUCCUGGCCUCUGUGGCUCUCGGCAGCCUGGCCGUCAGAGAGAUCACACAUACACACUAUGUGUGCCAUGCCUUCGUCCUGGAGGGUCCUUGUCGUUCCUGGGUUUGUGCCACUGAAAGAGGCGAGGACAGAGAGCACUUCCUGUCUGUGCUGCGUUCAGCCAUAAACUCUGCUCUGACGGGACAUCAGUGACGGCGCCUUGGCGACACAGCGGCAAGACAAGAGGAGGUUUGGACACCACCGUUGGCCUUUGAAAAAGUUUCAUAACCCUCCUGUUGUCCUCGGGUCAAAUUUGACCCCUUUUAAAAAUGUCUAUAUCAGAAAUAUGGGUUAAUUUUUAACCAAAUUACCACAACAAAAAGGAUGGAUUCCAUACAAUGCUCUUUGCAAAUAUAAUUGAUCACUUUCAUUAAAUUUCGGGUGAAAAUUGAAAUGGUUUCAAAUCAGCCUCCUUACUAAACUCCUCCACUCAACAUACGUUCCUCUGAAAAAAAACGUAUUAUUAUUUUGACUACAAAAUAAUAAUACGUUUUUUUUUUUCUUUAACUCAUAUAUUAGGUAUAAUUGAAUAUACAUGAGGUUUAUUGACCAUGAAUUCCAAAAAAAGUAGUGUUAAACUAGCGGUAGUAAGUUGGUGUUAGUGAAAACUAAAGAAAAGUCGGAAAAAGGGACGAAAAUAUCAAGUUUCGAAAAAGGUUUUUGACCUGGGAGGACAACACAAUCCAGGAAAUCUUAAACUGCAAUUUAUUUUUCCACGCCACGAUAAGAUGUAAAGACAUAGCAGUCCUUCCACUGUUGACAUGGCGUUCUUCAGUGUGUUUCACUUCCACCCUGAAACCUCAGUUAAGUAGUUACAGAGGUAAUCCUAUAGUCAUAAUAAUUACUUAGAAGAAGAAGACAUACAUGCUGUUAGAGUUACACACAUUACACACAAACCCAAAAUACGCACACAUCCCCUGGACCUAUACAGUGAAGCACAAAUGGAGAGAUGACAAGAGUCCGCACGCAUGUCCGUACAUGGUCCGUAUGGGGACUUGAACCGGUGACCCUCUGGGUAGGUUAGGUUGGGUUGCAGUUUCAAUGAAGUUGUUUUACAGUAUGUUGAUGUGUGUUAAACAUUCUGUGAACAUCAUAUCAUAUUUGUUUCUUGUUUUUCAUUGCACCACUUGUAUUUCCAUAAUUGUUGACAUAUUGUACAUAUAACAUAA